AUGCCGUUUAGAAGUGUGCUUUUAUGCAUCCUGCUGCUUCUCUGCUUAUCAUGUGCUCAUGAGUACCCACCUUCUCCCCGUCGCUCUUCUCACUGGCAGGUGCCGGAAUUCCAGACGUGCAUGUCAAAGCCGGAGAAGGACAACGCCCCGUGGUGCGCGGCGGGCGCGGUGAACGCCAAGGACUGCUGCGCGGCAUGCAAGGCCGGCGCCACCGCCGCCAAUGGAAAGGCCUAUACCUGCCGCUUCUGGGUGCACAUCCCAUCGUCGCCCAGCGAGGGCAAGUGCAACGGCAAGGAGUGUGGCAAGUGCCUUCUCCUGCCGGACCUCAACUCCCUCCUGCCCACCAAGAGCGACAAGAAGGGCUGCGGCGGAAAGAAGGUGCGCAUCGGCAAGAACUGCCCGGCUGCGCAGAACGACCCGCACUUCCUGGGCGCGCACAACACGCGGUUCGACUUCAACGGGCUGCCCGAGAAGAACUUCUGCCUGUACAUGGACCGCGCGGUGCACGUGAACAUGGGCAUGCGCGGGUACCUCGACUCGCGCUCCACGCUCAACUCUCACGCCCUCGUCGUCAACGGCUCCGCUGUGCGCACCUGGAUCCGCCAGCUCGCCGUCAUGUGGACCGGCAAACGCGCUACUCACUCCCUGCUGCUGACGGCGCGCGAUGGCAAGGAGCAGCUCCGCGGAGAGUCCGGCUUCCUGGCCUCUGUGGAGCUUGACGGCCGGCCUCUCCCCCGCCUUGUUCCCGGUGAAGUGCGCAGCUUGGCUGGCGGCAAGGUGUCCCUGGAGUUUGUGGGAGAGGAGAAGACCGGACCCGUCCAUGGCGUGAUGGGGCAGACAUACCGCAGUGGCAGGGAGGCGCGCACGGUGGAGUUCUCUAGGCUCGCUGCCAUGCUGCACCACCCCGUGUCCGCCGAUGGCGCGGAGGGCAAGGGCUUCCUGGACGGGCAGGUGAAGGACUGUGAGACCAGCGCCGUCACCGCCACUGACUGCCGCUACUCUGCCUUCAACGGCCAGAGGCUGCCCGUUUCCGCAUACUAA